AAGUUGUUGGCUUACAGUCUCCUUUUUGUUUCUUUUUGUAGUAGUUUCGCUCUCCCAACCUUUGCGCUCUUCGUAAUACAAGAGCGCGCAAUCAGACUGACAAAAUCAACAGAAUCGACUCCCAAUUCAAAUUUCAUCCACUCUGGAGAGGCGAAGAUGUGCUUGUGGCGAUGUUUAUUGGUGGAACAUUAAUUCAGUGAGGCAAAUAAUUGGGGUGAACUUUUGAACCACAAGUGCACUCUAGAAUUGUAAUAUUUUGGCAAAUGUAAGUGAUUGAGGGGACGGUCUUAGGUUAGGUGCUUGCACUGUAUUGCACUUAAUAAUCGUCAAAGAAAUUAAGAGAGGGAGCGAGGAGAACUGGAGGCAUGAAGUCACACUCACCAUGGGGCACAGCAAAGAACCCUGUCAAGUUCCGAAUACCGACUGCAGACAACCUAGUUCCAAUACGUUUGGAUAUUGAAAUUGAUGGGCAGAGAUGUAGGGAUGCUUUCAUCUGGAAUCCCUCUGAUCCUGACUCUGAAAUCGUGGUGUUUGCAAAAAGAACGGUGAAAGACUUGAAGCUUCCUCCUGCUUUUGUCACACAAAUCGCUCAAUCCAUACAAACGCAGCUCUCCGAAUUUCGAUCAUAUGAAGGGCAAGAUAUGUAUACUGGGGAAAAGGUUGUUCCGAUCAAGCUUGAUAUCCGUGUUAACCAUACUCUAAUUAAGGACCACUUUUUAUGGGAUUUGAACAACUUUGAGAGCGACCCGGAAGAAUUUGCCAAAACUUUUUGCAAAGACAUGGGCAUUGAAGAUCCUGAAGUUGGACCUGCCAUUGCAAUUGCCAUCAGAGAACAACUUUAUGAGAUUGCUGUACAAAAUGUGACUUCUAUCCGUGAAAGCAGAAUAAACAAGAAAGGACGCAGAGGGUUUGAACAUAUUCAAGCCAGCAAGGCCAGUGGGAAUGCUGUGGACUUAUUCAAGUUGUUUGGCAACAAAUCAAGCGUCGUACGGAAGAGGAAGGAGUGGGAUGUAUAUGAACCCAUUGUUGAUCUCUUAUCGAAUGAGGAGGUGGAUGCUCUUGAAGCAAAAGAAGAAAGGAACACUCGGUGACAGAAUAAGAUUGUGCAUUUUGCUAAAUUUAUCAAUAGAUCAUCUGUUGAAACAGAGUUAUGUUUGCUCAGACAGCUAUAGACCCAAACCCAAUGGUUCCUACAUGGAAUGAUUGAUCUCAGUGCUUUUUGCACAAUUUGUUACUGCCCCCCACUUGUUAUAUCUCAGUUGUUGCAAAUAGGAAUUGCCCCAAUUUUAUGUUCAAAACAAACCAACCACUGAGCUCCUGAAUCUGUAUUAGGAAAAUUUUUAUCCCAGGCAGAUGUAUUGCAUAAGAUUCAAUCA